CGUGUGCCGUCUGGUAAGAUACAAAACAAAAACAGAAAGUAGAAAAUGGCGAUGAGAUAUCCAACUCCUUCUCUUUUAACCCUUAUAUUCGCUCCAAAUUAGUCUUCAAACCUACUCUUCGAAUGUCCGUGAAGUAGUUUAGCUAUUCGAUAACGGAACUGUUACAUUUGGCCAGGAAUGGGAGCCAAACAGUCGUCUGCGAGUACCGUUAGUAGUCGAAGUAAUAAUCGUCAUUCUGGACCAGUGGUUAAUGGCGAGCACAGUAGAGUCGUUUCUCUAGAUUCUAGGACUCGAACACGUUCUCUGAACAGUGUAGAACAUUCUUUGUCGAUACCUUCGCAUCAGGACUCGUUUCAGGAGUCGGAUUUGUCUUCAUCGAACGAUGAUAGUUCUUCUCAACUUCGUAAUCUUGGUUACUCAAUGCAAGGAGCUCAUUCUCUACCGGCGCAGCUCUUUGCUACGUCUUUUUUCACAGGAGUGAAGUGCCCUGUGUGCUCUAAAGUCGUUAUGUCCGAGGAUAUAGAGCUACAUCUAGUUCUUUGCCUUACCAAACCAAGAUUGUCUUAUAACGAGGAUGUUUUACAAAUGAAUUCUGAAGAGUGUGCAAUAUGUUUGGACGAGCUAAAAAAAGGUGACACAAUUGCCAGGCUUCCUUGCCUUUGUAUAUAUCAUAAAAAGUGCUUAGAUAAAUGGUUCCAGAAGAGUAGGACAUGUCCAGAGCAUCCAUCCUAGUCACUAAUUAACAGUCACUACUCUAACUACAAUGGUGAAUGGCUGAUAGACAAUGAAGACACAGAGACCCUGGGCACACUCUUUCUAGUAAUGCACAUUAGAAAUUCCAGACAUCCACAAGAACAGUACAAAAACGCUUGAACAAAUGCAUGGAUGCUAACAAAAUGGUGAUGCUAACAAAAUGCUUCCAUUGGAACAAAACAAUUUAUUGCUUUUUAUUAAUUUUGAAUGUCCCAGAAAAUAUCCAAGCCUCCCCUACAAUAGCAGAGAUUAAGGAGAGUAUAUAGUAGUAUAUAUAGCUCCUAAUGCACAGUGCUUUUAUGUGGAAAUUAUGUGGUAUGUGAAGGUCGGGAGAAUAAGAAAAGAGUUUUCAUCCCAUGCCUCCCCUUCAGGGGGAGGUGUGGAUAUUUUCUAGGUAUAUUUGCUAUCCAAACUAUACUGAAAAAUGAUAAAACCAGGAAAAUUGUCCUGGGUCAGUUACCAGUAAUAAUAAUAAUAUUAUUACAAAAAUGGGAAUAUUAAAUAAUAUUUUAAAGAAAAUACGGAUAUAGUAAAAUAAUUGAAAUUAUAGAAAUAGAUCAUGUAUUUUUUCCAGUCUAGAAUCUAAAGAAAUUACAUACACUGAUUGGUCGCUUGCCAGUGAAGUUUUUUCUCGGUAUGAGACAGUUCACUCUGACAUUCUAAAACAGUGAAAUUUCAAUUGGAAAAAAUGAUGCUCUUUACUGGAUCUCCACUCCAUCGAACUGUGCCACUACUGUACUUUUGGGAGUGAAUAGUGAUAACGAGCUGUUUUGUAUUAGUUUGGUCUGUAUUGAGAAAAAAGUUUGUCUUGAAUCUUAACUCAUAGCCUUGAUUUUUGCCUGUGUAGUGGCGCAAUGACAGGUAGGCACUUCCUUGCCUCCUCUCCCCUGGACCACAGAAAGGGGCAGGCUAAUUUGGUCUGUACAAGAUUUAUGGAAAGUUUUUUCUCAAUGCAGAUCUUCCAGGCAGUAAAGAACAUGUAUAUUAUAUAGUGUAACAUAAAACUGUUUUUGUAAAAAUUUGGGAUAGGUUUUUAUUUUACCUCAGUCAAUAUAAUAACUCUGAAUACAUACAGCAGCUUUUAUAUCAGUAGGAAAUGAUAUGGCAAAUUCAUAGCAAUACAGUAACUACUGUAUAUGUUGUGGUUGGAUGAAUCAAUGGUAGACAACAGAAUGUUAAAACAAGUUGAACUGCGUCUUUGCUGUAAGUCAGUGGGUAUCCAGUCAUGUYGCCCCCUUGAUAUGACGCCCCUGGCCACGUAUACCAUGACACCUUCAGUCUGUACUACCAUGACGCCCAAGCAUAAACCAUGACGCCCCUCAGUACAGUGUAUUUCCUAUUGAUACUAAAACUGCUCAAGCAAUUUUUGAAUGUCUGUGAAGGUAUAUCUAAUGGCUCAUAGUUAUAACACUUGUCUCUGAUUGGAUGAACACAUUUAAACCAUACAAACAUGGUUACAUUUUGGCUGAAAUAGGUUGAAUAUUGAAAGAAAAAGCCUUUGAUCAAAAAUCUUUUAAGAUUUUUAAAAGUUGUUACUAAAUGGAACCAAUGUAUUUUUUCAAUACCUGAAAAAUCAUGCAAUCAGAGGCAAUUUAUACAGUUGCCCUCGUCAGUAGCAUCACUUUCUUUUGUCAAAUAAUUGCAAAUUACUAGAUUAAUUUUAUCAUACCCAACACAGAGUAACACUAGCGUCAGGACCUUUCGUAUUUCCAAUUUUUUUGAUGCAGUGCAUUGACUAACACAUUUAGAAUAUAUUUACUUAAAUAUUUUAUUUUUUAAAGGAUCCAAGUGAUAAGUAAUACCUCAUUUAUUUGGGAUUAACCAAAAGUAUUCAACAUUGUAAGGGAAGGUACAUCUUUUAUUGGAGGGAGGGCUUGGGCUUAAAAGGGGAAUAUCAUGACAAAAGUUUAAUAAGAGAGUCAUGAAUUUCUUUCUGUAUGAGUGUAAGGCCUAGGGCAAACAUCGAACUUUCCAUGCACCGAACUUAACUACAUGAAAGAAUGUCGCCUCAUUAUCACCUGAUAUCCAUUGUUUUUAUUGAGUUCAGUGCAUAGAAAGUCCGACGUUUGCCAGAGGCCUAAGAGGGGAGAAAUACAACCAUUUUAAAAAGAGUUUACCGUGAAUCCCCGCCCCUCACUUUCCAUAAAAAAAUACCUUCCCUAUGUAUAUAUAUAUAUAUAUAUGUUGGACCAUCUUGAUAGUUAGAAGCCACAAUGGGUCAUUAUAAUUAUGAUGCUUUUCCUUAUGCAGCCUAUCUCCAGUGUAAUAUAAUUCAAACAGCACAGCUGACAUUGCAAUGCAAAAAAAACGAGACCAGCUUUACAAUCUAUAGAAAAUGUUACAAUAGAUAAAACAAAAGAGUAGCAUAAAUUGUAUUACACUGGAGAUAACCUGCCUAUGUAAACACUGCAUAUGCCUUAAAAUCCUGCUGUCGAGAGGACUGCAGAGACACUUAACAGCAGUACAAAGGCAUCCGAGUCAAGUUCAAAAGGUUUAAUUAUUGAAUAUGUUAUUUAAGCUCCAUUUAUAUAUUUUCAUUCUUUUUUUUUCUUUUAUUCUGUUUCUGUGACCUAGAGAGCUAUGAAAGUCAAGUGUUUUGGAAUUCAUUGAUUUUAAACAAGUUAUUGAUACAUAGUUAUUUUUUUGUUUAUCCCUUGGCAAUGCAAUUUAUUUGUUGCGGUUCUGUAGUCCUUACUGUCAUUGGCGAACUAUCAGAGUAAACUUAAGUUUUUCUUACAUUGAAAGCAGUAUAGCUAUACUGCAAGAAAAGGUAUAAAAGGGUUAGCCAUAUCUUCAAAAAUGACAAAGCUCUAGACACUUUAUAUCUCUCAGGUUGCCUUCAUAUCAGGGAAAAAGCUGUACAAAAUUUUAUAAUUCAUAAUUAYGAUGACCACACAGUUUUUCAUUUACCAAGAGACACUGAACAAACCCAUAUGUUUAGUUGGAUUGUUUAGGUCAUAGUUGAAAAUAAUGAUUUGCAUGAUCAUUCAAGAAUGUUUUAAUAGAGCAAGUAAUUUAUAUUGUAUGGCAAUUAACUAACACUGACUUACAUGUAAAGAGUUUGAAUUGCAAUUAUUGCUUAUUGUGCUUUGCUUACACCAUGAAUUGUUUGCCACCAUUUGCAUUGCUGUGCGGCCACCCCAGACAAAAAUUGCGACGUGCACUUUGCAAUAGACUGCCGUCAAUCAAACAUGUUGACAUCAUUUACAUGCGUUUGGAUCGGCCCGAUAGGCGAGUGUGGCUCAUACUUGUAAACAAUCAACAAGUUUUGGCACCUUUUGAAUCACACACGUGUAAAUGAUGUCAACAUGUUUCAUUGACAGCAGUCUAUUGCAAAGUGAUUUUUGUCUGGCGUGGCCGCGUAGCAAUGCAAAUGGCGGUAAUUGUGUAGAUCACCAGGGAACAGUUACGACUGUUUUCAUUACUAAAAAUCAAACUCUGAAAUAUUGACCUCUGGCCUGAUUUGAGUCAGGGCAUGGAAACUCACAGUUCGAAUUGGAAUUUAGCAUGGCAACUCACAGAUCGAAUUGGAACUUAAAGAAAAACCGGAGAACUCUGACAAAAGCUUUCAAAUAAUCAAACUUUACUUGAAGUGGUUAGAACUUCCUAGGUGCUGUCAACUUCAUCUGCUUCAAUAGCAGAUGGAAUUGACAACACUUAGGAUGUUCUUUUAACUAGGAUUUUACGGUGGUGUUAGCAGAUCACAUACAACAUUUCAUAAGUCACAACCAUUAUGUAAAUCAUGAAAAAGUAGAAAGUGAUCAAUGUAAUAAAUCUUUCCAUUACAAA